AUGCUUCAUGCGGACUGUCAAGAAACUUAUAAAAAGAACUCGAAGUUGGCGAAAUCUGUCCGUAAUCUGACGAAGGAAGAGUGUAGUAAUUCCAGAGUUCCGACGAACGCCGAGGAAUACUUGGAAAAUGGCUCCAUUGAUGAAGAAUCGGGUGACAGGUGGCUAGGGUCUGAUCUCUCAAAAGCAUUGAGAUUUUAUCAGAAGGCUUACGAAUCUUACUUGCGAUCAAUAGCGGUGCAACCGACUAAUAAUCUUGAUAGCUACUAUAAUGCAUCGAGACUCUUGUUCCAUGUCUAUAAUCAAUAUUCAACUUCAGAGGGUGUUGUACUAAGUGAAUUGACAAACAUUGAUGAAACUAUAAGAGGCGGGGAGAACUCCGUCCUUCAAGACUUGCCUAAAAUUGUGGUAGCCCAUGAACGAGCUUUAGAAGUAGCUACUCGCGACCACAUCAGUCCACCAAUUGAUCUUUUGUUCAAUUGUGUUCAAGUAUACACUGAAGUUAUUGAAAACGACAAUGAUAAAUUAAGCUUUGACGAGAUAAUGCUGGUAGAAUCUAAGGCUCAAAAUUUGCUAGAACACUUGCUAACUAAGCAGGUCGAAGAACUACAAAAUUUUAUCCGUGAACUUCAGAAUAUUGAUGACAGGCCUACUAUAUUGGAAGACACAAAUGUAACGAAAGGGGAAAUGGGAGAUUCGAGGGAAGAAGAAUACAUGAGCGAGGAAGUAUUGCAGCCACCAGAUAUUUUAGAAUCUGUGAUUACUGCUUAUAAGUUAAUAAACUCAAUAUUGGAGCAUGUUUCAACUUCUGAUCAAAUUCGUAUCACAUUGGAACAAACAGAUCAAUUUUUACGAACGUGUGAUAAAAUUGCUGUCGAUAUAAAGGAGAAUUUUGACACCCUGAGCAACAAGCAUGCCGAAAUGUUAUCAUCAAUAACUGAUGAUCAAAAUGCCGAACUCGAAAUCCAGAUGAGGUACAGGAAAGGCUUGCUUUUAUCUAGCUUGGAUGACAUAUUAAAUUUGUGGAAACAAGCCGAGCUAUCUAAUACUUGUGAAAGGUACAUGACAGCUGCAGACAAUAUACAAAAUUUUAUAGAUAGGAAUGAUUUGAGCUUAGAAACAGCUCAUAUAAGCCAGCAGUCAGCAAGUGUGUUCUGGAGGGCGCUUUCAGAGAUGUCGAGGAACUUUAAGGCUGCUCAAGAUUUAUUAAAUGAAAAUUUAGCUCACGUCCAGAAGUUCCCAAGUGGGAAAGCAGAAGGCCAAGGUGAAUUGAUUCUGAAGGUCAGUAGUAUUUUGAUCGCUAGGGCUGACGUUGACCUACAAAGAAGUAUGAUUGACUCUUAUGAGCCCUCUUUGAAGAACAAGAAAGUGUUAAUGCAGAAUUGUAAGACUUUAUUGAUAAACGCGAUGAAGAUAUCUAAUACUCCAGGUGGCUUGAGAGAAAGAGCAAGCGAAAAGUUGAAGAGAGACCAGACAAAGAAGGAUGCAGUUUUAAGAAUGUGUUUGUUGGAAAACAAGAAGACAGAAACAGAGCUUGACGAAAUACUAGGUAGAGACUUUUGGAAAAGGGAAUUACCAACCCUACUCGGUUUAGACUACUACGCAAAGUUAUAUAAAUCAUAA